ACGUCCAAUUAUAAGCAAAUUGGAGGCAGUUUUAUUAUAAAAUCAGUCGGGUCGGUAAAAGACCAUACUCUUGACAUAGAUGUCGACAACUAUAAAAACGGACAUUUUGGUAGCCCUUCAACAAAAAAAAUCAAUUCAAAAGCCAUGAAUCAAAAAUUUAUCUAUGUAUUCUUCCUGUUGAUUAUGAUAUCCAUAAUCAAGGCUAUUCCGUAUCAGUUUUAUAAAAGAGCUACUCAAUUUACAGGAUGUUCUGAUUUCCCUUCACCAACAUUCACCAUGUCAGUUUCACCCGAUCCUAUCAUCACCGGUGGAUUCAAUACAUUCACUUUUUCCGGAACUUUGCCAUUUGAUGUUGCUAAAGACUCCAGUGCUGAAUUUUCUGUUACUUUCCUCGGCUCAGAUGGCAAAAUAUUGGAUUAUCCCCAUCGUACACUUAUUUGUGACAUUACCGGAUCGAAUUGUCCAAUAAAUCAGGGUACUACUUUUACUUUAUCGUGGGGUGUUUUAGCACCGAAGGAUCCAGCUACUACAAUUCAGGUUCAAGUUAAAAAAGAUAGUAAAACUAGUAUUAUGUGUGUUAACGGAGUCAAUUCUUAA